AUGGGCGUUCUCUUCUUUUAUUUGAUGUUUACAAGUUCUCUUCUCAACGCAAUCUCGAGAUUCCCGUUCUAUAUACUGGCUCCAUUAAUCGCUUGUCUUUCACUUCUUUCAACCGUUUUUGCCGGUCAAACGAUGGCCAUGUUGCCCGUAUUUUUCGUUUUCCUGGCGUCUCUUACUGCUGGUUGUGGUAUUUUUGUCUACUAUGGACUUGAGGAAGUGGCAUAUUUUAAUGAGAUUUUAUCUUUUCAAUUCAGUUUCCAAAAAUGCCUUGCCAGUCUUUGUGUCGGUUUCUUUCUCAGCUUCUAUCAAUUGGCGGCGAGUCCAACAAUGUAUCAAAUCUUUUUCUCCCUCUCCACAAGGCACAAGCUUCGGAUUUGUCUCUCUUUAUAUUCAGCCUUUUCUCUUUUCUUUUCUUCAUUCGUUUUCAUCAUCGUUUCAAUAUUCACUCAUUUUAUGGAAAAACAUUGUAAACUACCGUAUUCUUCAGCUUCACUCCUUGAAUUCAUCAAGUUUACGGUCCCCCGUUCUCCAUUCUUAUCGUUUUUUGUCGGUGUCUCAUUGGUUCUUCUUCUCAUGUUCACAUAUCAAUGGACAUUCAUUGCAUUGGUUUCAACGCUUUGGGAGGAAUUCCUGAAGAAUCGCUUCAAAGAGUGGUCAACUCUGCAACAACUUUGCGCUCUACAGGCAACGGCUCUCAAAGUGACGAUCACUCUGAUUUUACUAUCACUAAUCAUUGGUCUCUCACCGAUCUCUUAUGCUACAUAUCUACCAAUAGCUUUCUACAUAAUAUUAACAUUGGCCUCUUUGACAACUGCCUGUUUUGCUUGUGGAUAUUUUCUACCAUUCACCAACUACAGGGGUUGUUUCAUCGCUUUUGCCCUCUGCAGUGCUCUAGCUGUCUCUAUUUUCUCGACAAAUCUCACGAAAAACUCAGUGCCAAAGUUACAGAACAACUGUACUUCAUUCUUUUUGCUGAAUGAUGGAGUCGAAUCAACUUCUUUACAUGGAAAUGGGUUUUUUGAGACUUUCGCUCGAUUUCCACUCGAAUUCCUCCCAAUUACAAUAAUUUUGACAUUCAUAUCGAUUUGUAUAUUGAUCUCCGGUUUAUCUGGAUGGCAAGAUCUUUUCGCGAUUGAUUGGAAUUUAAUUGUUUGGCCGUGUUGUUUAUCAAAUUCUCUAUCAGCCAAUUCUUACAGAAAGCGUCGUCCAUUCGUCGAAUCAGACUCAUUUCGGUACGCUCAAAAUGGAGAUGAGACAAUGAAUGAGAAGGGGAUUAAA